AUGGCAUACAGACGCUACGAAACGAGCGUCGUCGCUACGGAACCUCUUGUCGACGCAGAUACGUUCCGUGAGCCUACGGAGCGCACGUCGAUGGCAGCGUCGUCGCUGAGUCCCCUCGACAAUGCCGGCGACAAGCAUGGCUCGCGCGGCCUGCCCACUUGGUUCGCAUACCCUCUGUCAAUUGUCAUGGCGCCUGCCCUCAGUGCGCUGCUGUACAGCUUCGUCCCAGACAUCAUGGGCGCCCCCCUCGCCGCUGUGAGCCGCAGCUUGAACGAGGAAUGGCAGAUCGGUGCUCUUCUGACUUGGAGACUGCUCGAGAUCACGCUUGGCUGGGUCUAUGGCCUCGACCACUUCGACUUUGUCCAGCUCUCGGCUAUGGCCAACGCGCCUUACUACACCCUGUUGUACCUCUUCUACGGCAUUGGCUUUGAGCCUCUGGCCUUGGCUCUUGUCAUUGACAUGUUCUCCUUGUGGUUCCCCUUCUGGCUCUUGCGCCCGAUCAACUACCAUAACAACCUGCGCACCCUGACCACUCCCGGCACCACAAAGGACUUGGCCGUCGACAAGACCAUUCAGAUGUACAUGACUGCCUUCGCUGCCUCCAUCUAUGCCGCUGUAGUCUACCUCAGUCUCGUGACCUGGCUGCCUGUCUUUUUGAUCCACCAUUUCGAAGAGGUCCUGACUCUCGACUUUGCCCACAACGCUGUCCUGCCUGUGGUCUUCACUGCAUGCUUACCCAUCGGUUGGGCCGCCAAGGACUUCCUCUUCAGCACUUCGAUUGUCUAUGCUCGCGCUUUACCUUCGGAACACAAGCGCUUCAACCCCAAGACCGCCUCUCUCGCAGACACCCUGAUGUGGAAUCUUGGCGUUGACCAGUUCUCGAGCAGAGAAAGUGUCCUUUUCAGUCGCACCUUCCUGCUUGCCGCUUUCACUGCUCUCCACUCCUUUGUCAGAGUCUUCGCCACCGUCGAGGGCGCUACUAUCUACGGAGCUGCAGGCUGGUCUGCCUUGUGGAGUGCCGCCGCUCUCGCAACCGGCACCGGCUUCCUUUAUAUUGGCGACUCUUGA